AUGCCGCUGCGCCUUGUGCAAGGUUUACCGCAGAGCUCCAGGAUCUGGAUUACUCAGUUAAAUACAUGGACACCGUUCUUAUACCCAUUUCUGGCCCCAGGCAUUGCGGCACGACCCCUCACCCCCACCCUAUCACGGCCCCACCGUCGUGCCCUGUCAACCACUACAGAACAGCCAGAGUUAAGAAGUAAUGUCAAUUCAGUACAGCAUCAAUUGGUAGAAGAGGAUGUAGAACUGGUAUCGGUCCAGCAGCCCCAGCAUCCCUAUGCGGAAUACUCCACUGCCCCAUUUGCGGAUAUGCAAGAGUUGACUCUGAUUGCUGGCUCUGGUGGCAACGGCUGUGUUUCAUUCUUACGAGAGAAAUUCAUCCCUUACGGCCCCGCAAACGGCGGGAAUGGCGGCAGCGGAGGUUCGAUAUUCGUUCAAGCUGUCUACGGCGAGACAUCACUUCAUAAGCUCUCCCGAGAAGGCACGAUUCGGGCAAAGCCAGGAAGAAACGGAAAGGGUAGCUCUAUCAACGGGAAGCGAGGGGACGACGUAAUUAUUCGGGUCCCCGUUGGCACAACUCACCACUUAAGCGCUUCGACGAUGCUAGAAAUUACCCAUCCGCGGAACGUGUAUUUGGACCUCUCAAAGCCGACUAUGGAACCUAUAUUACUAGUGCCUGGAGCUCCGGGGGGGCUUGGGAAUCCAAACUUCGUAACGGAUGGCCGACGAAGGCCGAUGUUCGCGACGAAAGGUGGGAAGGGGAUUCGAAUGAAGAUCCAACUAGAGCUGAAAAUGCUCGCGGAUAUUGGGCUCGUUGGGCUGCCCAACGCCGGGAAAUCCUCCUUCUUACGGGCGGUCUCCGGGCGGAAAGCUAGAGUGGGUGAAUGGGCGUUCACAACCUUAGCGCCAAACAUUGGAACAGUAGUGAUGGAGGAGCGUCACCUCCCACCGCCCAGACCCGGAGAGACGCAGAAACGCCUCCCAAGGUUCACAAUCGCUGACAUCCCCGGACUAAUCGCCGACGCCCACUUGAACAGAGGCUUGGGGCAUGGCUUCCUCAGACACAUUGAGCGUGCGAAAGCUCUCUGCUUCGUCAUCGACCUUUCCCGCGAAGACCCAGUCGAGGACUUAAAGGGCCUCUGGCGAGAGAUAAAAGCCUACGAGCAAGGCUUCGUCGGAGACGAAGGCGAGUCAACCGUGCGCGGGAUGAUGAGCGAAAUGAGUGGCGAAACGCACUCCGACGACCGCUUCAUUGAACCGAUGGCUGAAGCUUGCGAGCCUGAACGUAGACGCACUCCUACCACCAUGCACAUACGUUUCAACGAAGAGGAUGGAACUUUCGAAUACUUUGAGCCAGAGUCUGGCUUCGUGUUCAGUCAGAAACCCAGGAAUGAGCCUCCACGAAUGACUUCGAAGCGCUGGUUUGUCAUCGCUAAUAAGGCGGAUCUGCCAAAUACUGAAGGGAAGUUCGUGGCGUUGCAGAGAUACUUGGAGACUGAGAAAAAGAGGAGGGGGGAUAGGGAGGAUAUUGGAUUGUUACCUAUUAGCGCUUUGAAGCAGGAGGGGGUUGAGGCUGCGGUCGAUUGGAUGAAGUCAAUUCUGGGGUUUUUGUAG